AUGCCCCAUACAACGUUCACUGCCGGACAGACACCCAAACAACCGGUCUUGUCCUACCCAACAUUCACUGCCGGACAGACACUCCAUCAACCGGUCAAUGUCGUAACCAAGUUCGUUCACUGCCGGACAGACACCCCACCAACCUGUCAUGUCCUAUCCAACGUUCACUGCCGGACAGACACCCCACCAACCGGUCAUGUCCCACCCAACGUUCACUACCGGACAGACCCCCCACCAACCGGUCAUGUCCUACCCAACGUUUGCCGGACAGACACCCCACCAACCGGUCAUGUCCUACCCAACGUUCACUGCCGGACAGACACUCCACCAACCGGUCAUGUCCUACCCAACGUUUACUGUCGGACAGACACCCCACCAACCUGUCAGACACCUCACCAACCUGUCAUGUCCUACCCAACGUUCACUGCAGGACAGACACCCAACCAACCUGUCAUGUUCUACCCAGCGUUUGCUGUCGGACAGACACCCAACCACCCUGUCAUGUCCUACCCAACGUUCACUGCCGGACAGACACCCACCAACCUGUCAUGUCCUACCCAAUGUUCAUUGCCGGACAAACAUCCCACCAACUGGUCAUGUCCUCCACCCAUAUGUUGUAUCUGCUACGGCGCCGUCUCCAGAUCCGGUUCCAAAUCAGCCAUGCCCAGUUCCGCUAAAAACACGCCGCUGAACAAUACUGACCAAAUACAUACAAUUGUGGAAAAACAUAUUUGA